UCGCGAGACGAGAGUUGUGACGUCUGCAUUAGCUGUCCGGAACGGGACUUUUAAACAGCGAUACGGGACUGCGGGCUGUGUUGAGAAAAUCGGGACUAUCCCGGGAAAAGCGGGACUGUUGGGCGGUAUGCACUGGUGUUAUUUUUAUGAAAUGUACAAACACCUAUACACAUCUUGUGCCCUUCAGUUUGCCGAAACAGCAACACACACAGAAGCUAUUUGUGUGCAUACCUCAACACGGUGUAAGAGGUUUCAAACUUGGAGUUCCUAAUAUCUUCCCUUAAUCAAAUGGCUGUACUGUGAAUAUUAGUUAUGGCAUCUAUAGAAGAAAUAGCACAUCAGAUUAUUGAACAGCAGAUGGGAGAGAUUUCUCGUUCACAACCAGAAAUCUCCCAGACAGCGUUGAUGGAUGGAACCACACAGAGAAUACAACUUGUACCAUCUGAAUCGAGCGUUUCUGUACCACAGAGGAUACAGAUUGUCACAGAUCCACAAACUGGUCAGAAGAUCCAGAUUGUAACAGCACUUGAUCAGAGUGGAGCCAGCAAGCAGUUUAUCUUGACCAAUAAUGAUGGCUCACUGCCCAGCAAGGUAAUCCUCACAAGGCAGGACUCCAGCCAGGGGAAAGUUUAUCUAACAACACCUGAUGCAGCAGGGGUGAACCAACUCUUCAUUUCAACUCCAGAUGUUCCUGCACAGCACAUUCAAAUCCUGUCAGAUACCCAGUGCCUGGAUCAGAAUUUAAAUAAACAGUUAGUUGAACUGUGUGUAGUAUGUGGUGAUAAAGCUUCAGGCCGCCAUUAUGGUGCAGUAACAUGUGAAGGGUGCAAAGGGUUCUUUAAAAGAAGCAUCAGAAAAAAUUUAGUAUACACAUGCAGAGGAUCAAAAGAUUGUGUCAUCAACAAGCACUACCGCAAUCGAUGUCAGUACUGCCGACUGCAAAGGUGUAUUGCACUUGGAAUGAAACAAGAUUCUGUGCAGUGUGAGAGAAAACCUAUUGAAGUCUCUAGAGAGAAAUCUUCUAAUUGUGCGGCAUCAACAGAGAAAAUCUACAUUAGAAAAGAUUUGCGAAGUCCUCUUGCUGCAACAACUACAUUUGUUACAGAAAACAAAACAUCAAGGACGACUAGUUUACUGGAUUCUGGCAUGCUGGUGAAUAUUCAACAGUCAGGAGUUAAAAAUGAGUCAAUACUCAUAACACCCAAUAAGGUAGAUGCAUGUCAGGGGGAUUUAAGCACUUUGGCAAAUGUUGUCACUUCACUUGCAAAUCUCAAUAAAUCUAAGGAAUUGCCUCAGACAAACACAGAACUUUCUAUUAUUGAAAGCUUGAGCAAUGGUGAUUCAUCCCUUUCUGAGCUGGCUCAAGAUGAUCAAUCCAACAGCGAAGUGACCAGGGCAUUUGAUACAUUGGCAAAAGCACUGAACCAAUCAGAAAAUUCUGCACAGGGCUCAUCUGAGUGUGUGGGUUCCAAUUCUAACCUCACUGAUGCCAAUGUUGAGAUUGAAGGGCCACUUCUGAGUGAUGCUCACAUUGCAUUUAGGCUUACUAUGCCCUCACCAAUGCCCGAAUACCUGAAUGUUCAUUAUAUUUGUGAGUCUGCAUCACGGUUGCUAUUUCUGUCCAUGCAUUGGGCCCGAUCAAUUCCUUCCUUCCAGUCUCUUGGGCAAGAAAACAGCAUCUCUCUGGUAAAAGCAUGUUGGAAUGAAUUAUUUUCACUUGGUCUUGCCCAGUGUUGCCAAGUGAUGAAUGUGGAAACUAUACUAGCUGCAUUUGUUAAUCACCUUCACAACAGCAUGCAGCAUGAUAAGUUGUCUGCAGAUAAAGUAAAACUAGUGAUGGACCACAUUUUCAAAUUGCAAGAGUUUUGCAACAGCAUGGUGAAGCUCUCCGUAGAUGGGUAUGAAUAUGCCUACCUGAAAGCCAUUGCCCUCUUCAGUCCUGAUCACCCUGGACUGGAAAAUGUUUCUCAUAUUGAAAAACUUCAAGAAAAGGCUUAUAUGGAAUUUCAGGAUUAUGUAACAAAAACCUACCCAGAAGAUACCUACAGACUAUCAAGACUACUGCUUAGAUUGCCUGCUCUAAGGCUGCUGAAUGCUGCCAUCACCGAGGAGCUAUUCUUUGCUGGCCUAAUUGGCAAUGUACAGAUUGACAGUAUCAUCCCUUACAUUUUGCGCAUGGAAACCUCUGAUUACAACUCUCAGAUUAUUGGCCUCACUGUUUAGUAUGCUUCUGAAGGGCGCACAUAUGGGCUACAGAGAAUAAGGAGUAUAACUCCCUUAUAGAAACUGGAAAAUCAAAGUAAAAGACUUCAAGAUGUCUUUAAAACUCAUUUCUAAAACCCAGCUUUAAAGAAUACCUACCUUCUUAUGGUAUUAGCUGGCUUGCUGCAAAAUAGUGCCUUUUUGGCAUUGUGUGCAUAUAUAAAGAAAUAAAGACAUUUCUAGAUUGUUAUUGAGCCUAUUGUUCCACAUUGUCCUGGUCUUUCAAAGAUACUGAAAGCAGUGCUUUUAUACUUUUUUUCAUAUGAGUAUUAUUUUGCAAAACUGCAAUUUAUCCUGCAACAAUACCAAGUUUUUUUCUUUUGAAGAACUCUUGCAUAGUUGGCUAUAGUUCCUUAAGAAACAGAAUUUACUUGGUGUUUUGCUGCAGGAAAAAAAAGUCUUACUGUUUUUCUUCAAAUAUCUAGUAAGUUUUUAUGGAAUUGGAAAUAUUGUUAAUAUUGUAUUAGAAUUGACAUACUAACUUACGAAGAAGAAAAUUUUAUUUUAGAGUAUUUUCUCUCCUUCCUGCAUGGAGUAAAAAUGCAUUGCCCAGUUGGUUUCCACACUGGCAUUAAUCAGAUUACUCAAGGGAAAAAGUAUUGAGUGAGAACGUGUAAAUAUUUAACAAAAGCAUUGCUAACAAUGUCAAACAAUGUGAAUCAAGGAAAGAAGAUGUUACAUUUUGUGAAGAUUAAAUUAUGAAAAGCAAAAAACUAUCUAUGAAACACUGUACAUAUGUAGAUAUGCUAACUGUUUUGAUAACGAGACUUGUCCAAACCAUUGCAAUCUGUGAUUUAUGUUAUUUGUUACAUGCCUUACUCAAAUGGAUGUUCUCCAUACCAAGCUGACAUUAUUUCAGUGUAUUUUUUUGACACCCCGUAAAAGUUAAAACUGUUGAAGUCAAACACUUGAAUUCAGUGAAAUAUUUAACCCAUUCGUUGCUGGGAUAAUUUGAUCUUGCCACAUCAUAUGUUGGCAGCAAACACAAUGCACAGCAUGGAUCAAGGAAGAAAGGGUAAGCUGACAGGCAUCAUAGUAUUUACUUGGCAUGUACAUGGUUAAAGUGGCCAGUACCUUUUGAAAAAACAAACAAGAACUUUAAAGGAAGAAUCAAGUAUUUAUGUAAAUACAAAUAACAAUGUGGUAUGAAACCAAAAUAAUAAGUAUUGCAGUAUAACUCUCAGUAUAAACUAUGGAACAUCUCAUGACUGAUAACCCGCAUUGUGCCAAGGCUAUAGAAUACUAUUUAACAACCACCCUCUAUGCCAUUACACUUUCAGCCACCCAUUUCUUUACAGCCCCCGCAAUGACAUAUAUCAUUACUUCCUCUUAUGUUGUAUGAUACGUACUGUAAAUGUUUUGACUCUUAAUGAAAAUUGUAAAAUCUAUUUUGGCUGUAUUUUUAAGACAGAAACAUAUUGUAUCUUUUUAUUAUAGAAUAAAAAUUCCCACACUGGA